AUGGAGAAGAUAGAUAGACUCCAGCUAGAAGCACUUGAGUCUAUUCGGCAAUUUAUCCGGUCAAAAACAUGUUAUGAUGUGCUGCCGGUGAGUUUUCGGAUGAUUGUUUUGGAUACGGAGCUUUUAGUUAAGAAAAGUCUUACAAUUUUGGCGCAGAACAAUAUUGUCUCAGCGCCUUUAUGGAAUACUAAGACCUGUACUUUUGCUGGUUUAUUGACAGCCUCGGAUUUUAUCAAUGUAAUUCAAUAUUAUCAUCAAAAUGUAUCAUAUGUUCAGGCCUUGGAGGAUAUUGGAAAGUUAAAAUUAAAUGGUUUAAGAGAUAUUGAAAAGAGCAUUAAUGCUCCUCCUUUAGAAACGAUUUCUAUUAAUCCUAUGCGAAGCCUUUAUGAAGCAUGUGAAAGGAUUCGAUUAACUAAAGCAAAACGUAUUCCUCUUAUUGACCAUGAUGAUGAAACAUUUCACGAGGUUGUUGUAAGUGUUUUGACACAAUACCGUAUAUUGAAAUUUAUUGCUUUGAAUUGUAAUAAAGAAACAAAAAUGCUUCAAAAGCCGUUAUGUGAUUUAUCUAUUGGGACAUAUGAUGAUCUUGCAACUGCAAGUAUGGAUACUCCUGUUAUUGAUGUGAUUUAUUUGCUUGCGAAAAGAAGAAUAUCAAGUGUUCCCAUUGUAGAUUCUGAUGGUGUCAUAUUGAAUAUUUAUGAGGCAGUAGAUGCUUUGUCUUUGAUUCAGGCAGGUUCAUAUUAUGAUUUGGGACUUACUGUUGGUGAAGCUUUGUUACGACGUUCUGAAGAUUUUGGUGGUGUUCAUACAUGUACAGACAAUGAUUGUUUGGAUGGUAUUUUUGAUGUUAUCAGACGGUCUAAGGUUCAUCGAUUAAUUGUUGUUGAUAGAAAUGGGCGUUUGAAGGGUUUAGUGUCUUUGUCAGAUAUUUUACGAUAUAUUAUGGUUGAAGGAACAUCAAGUCAGUGA